AUGAGCUCAAAGGAUAACUUGGCCCUGGAUCUGGAGCACGGCGUGCGACGCUGGGAUCGCGCUCGCUGGAUAUCCGUCUUCAGCUCGCAUAACCCGACUAUACGCGAGGUGACGGAAUGCUUGGGCCUGGGCUUAUCGGCGUCUUCGUCCACGACCAACCGCGGCAUUCCGAAAUUCGACAACCCAGACUACCGCAAGCUCUCGAGUGAGGUGACGAAGCUGUCCAAGGAAUUGCCAAAAGAAAGAGAUUUGUUGCUGGACUUCGCGGCGGAUCCGAGUUCCCUGAACCAGGAGCUCGAGGACCUGCUAGCGAGUUACGGACCCGCUAUUUGGGGCAGGGAUGCGGAUCGCAGCUGUUUACUCACGCCGGAUGCGACCAAGAAGACGUAUAACAAAGAUCUGUUUUACGAGGAGCCGGAGCAUAAGGAUAUUCUCAAGAUUCAUCUGCAUCGGUGGAUCAUCAUCAAAGCUUGCUACUACAUUCGCAACAUGAAGUUGAAGAGACCGUCGGGUGCGAAUGAGUAUGAUCAGCUUGCAGACAUUGAUGCCGAAGGCCUUUCACCACAUGGGACGCCACAGUCACUCACCCCACCAGAUCCGGAUACUGUUGCAGGCGCUGACCUCGACGUUAAGCCUAUUAAUCUGAAGAAGCGCAAGAGCAAUGCUCACCUCACCAUGUCUGACGAUGAAGAUCCUGAGGCUUCGCCUAUCAAAAGGCCGUACAGCACUAUGCCUGUGAGCCGAAAGGGCAGCCCAAGGAAGUCACUCAAGUCACUGUAUCCUGCCGGCCCGGGCAGCAUGGAGAAUAUACCUCCUAUGCCGACGCACAUGCAUCGUUUCUCGCCAGCACCAGGAACUGCAUCUGAACCCUCGCGGAUACAGCUCAGUCCUCUAUCAAACAACGACUUGAACGGCGUGUCAAGGCCUCCGGCUAUCACCCAAAGCUCCGCACCCGCAGGAUUCACGGCUGUCAACAAUGGGGGCUUUACUGCUGUUAACAACACGCCUCCACCUAGCGAGCCACCUCGAGAGCCAACACGGGAAGCAUCCCGAGAACCGUCGAGAGAAGUGCAUCGACCUCCUCCUGGUAUUGGACAUCGUCACAGCAACAGUUACACGAGCCCAUAUGAGCCGUCUUCACGCAGUGCUGCCAUGGCUCGAUCUGCUACGGAAACUCCUCGUUCUGCACCGCCAGCCACUCCUACACCAGCUUCGAAUCAAGGGUUUCAAGCCGCCGCACCUAAUCAGCCUAUCAUGGCACCUAAUAAGCAGGUUACCUCUGCACCCGCGAUACAAAGCGCCCCCGCAUACGGCAUACAACUCGUUCCUACUACACAAGACGCACCGCCCGCGCCCUCGAGCAAACCCCGAGCCCCCUCAAACCACAGCCAACCCGCCGCCGCCCCCCAACACACCUCACCGCACCAACCCGUGCUGAAAAGCCACCAACAACCGCCCCAACCCCCCGAAACCGCACACGUCGUCCAGCCCCCACAACCACAAACCUUCCCCCGCGGCUCCGUCUCGACGGCCGACCUCCGCCUCCUCCAAUGCGAAGUCACCGCCGGUCUCUUCACCUUCUUCUACCCUCGCUCCACAAUGCCGCCCGACGAAGCCAGCCUCCUCGUCCGCAUGCACACACUCUGGUACCACGGCGAACCGCUCUUCCGCACAGAACUAUCCACACACUACGAUCUCGUCUCCAAGAUCCUCACUGCAUGGCUGCACGAGCGUCAAGCUAUCGCUUCACUACGGCACAGCAUGGCUGCCAACCCCGGCGUAUCUCACAUUGGCCUUGUGGAUCGGUUGCUUGCUAUGAACGAUCUCAGGGCCAUGCGGUUGAAAUGGAAGAACAUGAGUAGUAUUGAUGGAUUGAGUCCUGAGGAUCUACUCUGUAUGGCUUUUAGGGUUAUGACGAAUACGGAGGGGAGCGAGUAUAUGUUUAAAGAUGGGUUGGCGAGGCUGGAGCUGGGUGUGUUUGAGUUUUUGAGGAGCGAGGAUGCGAAGAUUGUCAUGCAGCGGAGGGAUACGAGGGCGGGGUGA